AUGGCUGAAAGCUCGGGAAGGAAUCUGCUACAGGUGCGUUUGCGAGACACCGAUGCUGCCUGGAAGCCACUCAUCUCCGGCUUGGUGGAGCUCAGGUCCAUCUUUGCGCUGCUGCUUGUGGGAUUCGUCGUUGGCUUGUUCACUGGUGCAGCGCUCAUCAUCUGCUGGAGAGGGCGAAGGAAGACUCUCGUCUCCUGUGAAAGGGGAUUCACAUCGCCUGCAGCACCUAUGCCUGGCAAUGACUACACCCACCAGGGAGUCAAGCACAAGAAGACCCAGUCAGCCUUGAUCCGGGAUGAUGCAGUUCGGCGCUCAGGCGUCACAGGUCCUCUCGGAGUGGGCAUCGUGCUGCAGAGCAUUGAUCUGUCCAAGGAGAACCGCGAGCCGGGAAACAUAGCAGCCAAGCUGCAGCGGCAGAGUGUGGACGACUGGAGCGUUGUGGACCUGACCAGUGAGCAGGACUGCAAUUACAACAGAGCCACCUUCAAGCCCAUCCCAGAGAACAAGGAGAAGGAGAGGGUGCCUGGGCUGGAGCUGGGCACCAUUGCCGGGGGCACCAUCAAGGCCGGCUGGGGCCGCGGCUCCGCCUAUGCACACAGCGCAGUGGAGGGCAUCAGUGCCAUGAGCAUCCGCGAGGCGGCGGCUGCCGGUGCUGCCGCGCUGCCCGGGCGGGGCCCUCAGCCCAGAGGCAAUGCCGGCAAGGCCGCGCCGCCCCCGCCGCCGCCGCCGCCCAAGGCCGCCAAUCCAGGCUCGCGGCCUGGGCCCCCUCCUGAUGCUGCCAAGAAUCAGGGGAAGAUGAGGGAGCGGAGCAGUGAGCAGGCAGGGGUGGCCGACCUGUCCCAGCAGGCUGCGCAGGCCGCGGCCGAGCUGCGCCGCCGCGCAGACGAGCAGAAGCACAAGGCGGCGGCGGGAGUGGCGCCGGCGUAUGACCUGGAUGACCUGGACGAUGAGUGGAAGGCGCUGCUGAGCGAGCUGGAGGACCGCCUCUACCAGGAGGGCAAGCAGGGCAUGGAUGCAGAAGACCGCGCAGUGGCGGUGCGCUCUCUGCUGGUGAGCACAGCGCGCGAAACUCCGGAGGCCGCGCUCGGAAAGGCUCUCGAUGACAUCGACCGCCACCGGCGCGCAGCUCGCCGCUCAUCCUGA